AUGGCUGUACUAGGGCUUACUGUAAACAAUACUGCUCCACCAAAGAAACGUGCAAAAGCUACCCUUGGGUUGGGUGUAAUCCCAUUUGAUCAGGAACGUUGCAACAAUGAGGUGGCAAAAAUGAUAAUUGCACAAGAUUAUCCCCUUCAAAUUGUGGAACACAAGGGCUUCAUUGAUUUUGUACGGACUCUUCAGCCCCAGUUCAGCUCAUUAAGCUCUACCGAUGUUCAUGGGGAUUGCAUGUCUAUGUACCUCAGUGAGAAGCAAAACCUCUUGAAUCUUAUUAGACAAAUUCCUGGACGGGUCAACCUGACCUUGGAUUUAUGGACUUCAAACCAGACAGUGGGCUAUGCUUUUCUUCGUGGGCAUUUCAUUGACAGCGAUUGGAAUGUACAUCAUCCUAUUCUUAAUGUGAUCUUGGUACCAUUUCCUGAUUCCGAUGAUUCCUAUAAUAAGACAAUUGUGACCUGCCUAACUGAUUGGCAGUUGGAGGGUCGGUUAUUUACACUUACACUUGAUCAAUCCUCGAAUGAGACUCUGAUGGGAAAUCUUAGAGGACUCCUUUCUGUUAGGAAUCCUGUGAUUUUCAAUGGCCAGUUACUCAGCAGGAAUUGUUUUGCUCGGGUUCUUAGUCGUCUUGCUCUAGAUGCAUUAUGGACAAUGAGAGAAACCAUCAGCAAAGUUCGAGAGAGUGUGAAGUUAGUGAAAAUUUCAAAGUCGAAUGAAAACAAGUUCAUUAAGCUGAGGCAAAAACUCCAAGUCCCUUGUACAAAAGACCUUUUUAUUGACAGCCAAACUAAAUGGGACACGACGUACCAUAUGCUGGUUGCUGCUUGUGAAUUAAAGGAAGUCUUUGCUUGCUUUGAGACCUCUGGCCAUGAUUAUGGAAUGACUUUGUCUAUGGAUGAAUGGAAGCAAGUAGAAAUUCUCUGCACAUAUUUGAAGCAGCUAUAUGAUGCAGCUAACCUUCUAACUUGCCAACCAUACCCAACUGCAAAUUUAUUUUUCUCUGUAGUGUCAAAUCUUCUGGUAGAAUUGACUCGUGCAGCUUUCAGUCAUGAUCCCUUCCUCAGUAAUUUGAUUAGGCCUUUGCAAGAGAGGUUUGAUCAAUAUUGGAGAGAAAGCAGCCUAGUCUUGGCAGCCGCUGCAGCCAUGGACCCAAGGUAUAAAAUGGAGUGUGUGGAACUAACCUUUGGUCGAAUCUUUGGCGAGAAUGCUGAGCCAUGGAUCAGGGUUGUUGAGGAUGGUCUUCACGAACUUUUACAUGAAUACAUUGUAGAACUUCUUCCUUUGACAACUACAGAUGGGAAUGAAGGGAAUGAGAUUAUGAUUAAGACAGAGCCAUAUCAAGAAGGGUCUCUUGAUGGAUCUAUCAUCAUCGACACAGAUGGACUUUCAGACUUGGAAAUAUAUAUCUCUGACAUUACCGGUAACCAAAUCAAGUCAGAAUUGGAUCAAUAUCUGGAAGAGCCUCUGCUACCCAGAGUAGAAGAAUUUGACAUUCUGAGUUGGUGGAGGCUAAACACAUCUAAUUACCCGACCUUGUCUAGAGUGGCAUCUGAUAUUUUAUCUAUGCCAUUAUCAACUCUCCCAGCAGAGUCUGUUUUUGACACAGAAAUUAGAAAAAUGGAGAGCUACCGCAGUUCAUUAAGCUCCAUGACUAUUGAGGCACUUUUCUGUGCCAAGGACUGGUUGCAUUACCAAUCAUUACCUAUAGAUGUUCCAAUGCAUUAA